AUGUCGAGUGCAAAAUAUUUCGAGUUUUUUGGGAAUGGUGCAAGCCCAAAUCUCUCGAAUGACGUACUAGAUAUCCUCGAAAACUUCCUAUUAUUUGAAUCCAGCGAGGUAAUUGAGCCUAACGUCCGAACAAUUUUGGAUUAUAUUGUUCCAUUCUUACGAGCAUUCAUCGGUAAAGGCCAAUCUAGUGACGUCAAUGAAAAAGCAUAUAUAAAACGCAUGUUUAAUAUCUUAAGAUGCAUUAAACCCAUACAUUAUAAUUCUGAUAUAGCCAGAAACCUUGAAGAGAUCUCAUUCAGCUACUUAAUCAAUACGAAUGAAACUACUGAGUCCGCUUACCUGUUUCUAGUAGAACACUACCUUACAGGACCACAUGGUAACGCUAACGGACUUCUUGAUUUACUCAAAUGGUCAGUGCAAACCAUCAGCAUGUAUGCAAACAGAUUGGAAUUGCUUGACUAUUCCAUAGUAGCUGUGAUAGUAGAGUCAUUUGCUCAAAUUUAUUUCACUAACGGGCCACAAAUUGACAAAAGUGAGAUAGCUCUUCCAUUUAUCAACUUUGCACGCAAUAUAUUGGAUUUGUCUCCACAGUACCAUACCCCUAUUCUACUCAGAUUCUGUGCAAAAUCAUUGCGAAUCGUUUCAAGAAUUUAUGAACACAGAGGAGAACUUGAUCCAUCGCAAGUAUCACCUCAGAUAUAUGUUAUGAUUCGAGAAUUACAGAAUAAGAUACCAAAUAGCCCUCAAUAUUCUCAAAUUUAUCAAAAUUAUUUAUUGGUCUACGCUUUAUUGAUCAACGAUAAGGAGAAAGACAUGUACGUGUACUUCGUACAAGAAUUCCAGAAGCAAUUAUACGCAAUUACGAUGCCUUACCACUUAAGAUCAAGGAGAAUCAGUUUUACCCUCUACUUCUCGGCUUUUCCGAUUUCUAAGUUCGCCGUGACUAAUCCUUCAUUCAUAUCUGAUGUAUUCGCACGUACUCUAAGUGUUAUUUCCUCUGCACAAACGCCUCCAGAGCUCAGCCAAAGUUUAAUGAAAACUUUCCAGUUUAUCGCACCAGAACCUGUUAUAAAGCAAGACCCUUUCAUUUUACAUGACAUGGUUGACCAAAUUGUCGAUUGUUUCGAAAUUUCAAGAUUAGACUACGAACAAUCGGUAAAACCUACUGAAUCAUGGUCCAAAAUCAAUAAUACAAUACUCAUAGCCUUGAAGAAGACCUACCAACCAAUGUACGCCAUAGAACAAAUGAAAUUGGAAAUUGCAAGGAGAUUUACCAUCCAUGCGAGGUAUUCGUUCGAUUCAACCAAGCAAAAGGACAUAAAUAAAAGGUGCGACCAGAUUGUUAACUUCAUAGAACAGUUUGUUGACAAACUUCCAAAUCAGUACAUAACCGCUUUCUGGAAAAGUAGCUUAGAGUUGUUCCUCCCGACAGAUGAUAGCCAACAGUACCUUGUUGAGUUCCAUAACAAGAUUUUAAAUUCGAAUAUUUGUCAGAAAAUUUAUUAUCUCAUCCAAUUCUACAUUGCAGUCUCCGAUAAAUUCGCUACGUUGCAUAAAAUCACCGCCGAUAUCAUCCACAAGAUCAACCAAGUAGUUUUUUUCAAGGAUGUGAUCAAAUUAAACCCAUAUCAAUACAAAACACUCUGCGGAAAUAUCUUCAACAUAUUCAUGCAAAUACUAGAGAGAAAUGACUCUCAUUUGAUCGAAACAGUCAUUAUUCCUUUCUUUUCGGAAUAUAAUAAAGGAAUACAACAAGCGCAGCAGAACCAGAACCCUCAAAACCAAAACCCACAACAGAAGAUAGUACAGCCGAACUUCCAACAGAAGCUGGAAGUCUUAAUCAACCAAUUAGAGAAGAAUUACCAGUUUUUCAUCGAUAUUUUGAAGAAUAACGAGAACAACCUUACAAUAUCUAACCUUUCGAUCGUACUUUACCCAUUACUUUCCAAAGCUUCCCCACAAAGAAACGAUGAUUGGUUCCAGCUUUUCCUUUGCGCACUCCAGACCCCCAAGAAUGACUUAUCGAUUUAUUUGAACAUACUCUACAACGCUUUGAAGCCAAACAUCCAAACAAUUUUCGAAAAAUUGUCAAAACCUGUAGCCAUGAAGUUUGUUUCCGCUCUAUCGACCAUUUUAAUGAAAGGCGAAUCCAAAGAUUACGCCAGAGCCAUUCUACGCCGAAUUCCUGAAAAAGUCAUGUCAUCGGCGAUUGAACCCCCCGACUCUUCUCCCAAACUUACUUUAGCUAAUGUCGAUGGCUUCGAUAUCCCUAUCGACCCAUUGUUCGCUAAAAUCCAGUCUUUGGACAAAAUUUCACCCGACCAAGUUGAAUUUCUUACGAAAGCGUUCUUAAAUCUACUUGAAAGGAAGACAUUUUUAGAAUGUACGACCUCAAAGAUUACGAACGACCUCGUAAAGUUCCUUCACAAGAACAAUUCAACGAUUUUCCAGCCACAAACGGCAUUUCACUCCGCACAGCCUCCUGCCUUGUACACGAUCCGGUUUUUCGAGCAUUCCGUCAUGAAAAACAUUGAACAGACCAUUAAUUUCGUACAGGAUAAAUCAGAAUUUGCAAAUAACAUUGCAAUACUCUGCCAUUACAAGGAAUACGCUGCUACAGCUGUUUCUAUCCUCGGACAGACGCUGCCUUUCAUACCAGUGAACCAAGUUUUCGUAAGAAUUGUAUCUUCAUUAUUUGAAGCUUGCAGUUUCGAUUACGAUAACGCUCUUGCCCUUCUCAAUCAGUAUGUAUUCAAAAGGCAGUACGUUCAUGAGGAUAGCCAGUUCAUAAACCAAAUUGUUAACGAAAUGUUGAGAAUGUCCAAACCGUUGAGGACACAAAAGGCGAUUACUGCAGCGCAAAUUGGUCUGACAGAGCUAAGGAAGCAGAAUGAGAUACAUGGACUCAUCAGAACUGCAAUUAAAUCUUUUAUCAACCAAUUCAUGCAGUCAAGAGAGAAUUCGGCCAAGGCAUAUGUCUACCAGUUCAUAUUCUCACAGAGGUUCGAGGAUGUCAUUGAAAAUCAUCAAAGUUUUUUUCAAUUUAUCAUCGAAAAUCUCAACAAGAGGCAGCCAGAGAAGAUUCUGCCACAGUUCAUCAAAUGCAUGAAGAAGCUAAACUCCUACAAGUCAGAAAAGAUGCUUGAGUUCGACCAAAUAAGAUAUCUCAUUAAAUUACUUGCCUGGAUUUGUACAACAGAGCCACAACAAGACCUAGCAGGAUAUUUCUGGACCGAAACCAUAAAAGCUGUUAGAGAUCCGAAAUUUGUUGAUCAUAUUACGUAUUUCGUAAAGAAAAUCAAGAAUUUCGUAAAGAAGAUCGGUGGCUCUAUUAAUUACUGUCCAUAUAACAUCGAAUUCGAUACGAAACAGAGGCAAAUCAACAUCCAUGAACUCAAUCUUUUCGAAUAUUUGCUGGAACAGAACCAUAUCCAGCCAAUUGAUGCCUUCGCACGUGAUUUGUACAGCUUCAUUGUGCAGUUAACCAAGCAAAAAGGUCCUCCAAACUAUUUAUCCCCAAUUUUCAGGACAAUUUCAUGUUUUCCGACCGGCCAACUUACUCCAGAGCUUCGGCAAUUGAUCAAAACAGGCUUUGAUUUGAGUUACUACUUCUAUGAACAGCAAUGGUUUGCAAAUCAACCUGAAAUCUUCGUUAAAUCGUUCCAGAGAGAGUCAGUAACCAUUAUUGUUGACUCCUUCAAGGACCAGUUCUCUCUUUCAUACCUAAAUCUCGCUCAAAGGUUGUUUAAUCAUCCAGAUUUAGCUGAUUUCAGAGAUGAGAUCAUUCUUUUGCUUGCGAACAACACCCAACAAGUUCUUGAGUACCUAGAGAAGCACAAAGAUCAGAUUUCCAUGCAAAUCCAGAAUGUUGGUCAUCAUCAUUCACAUUCACAACAGCAAAACCAACAAAAUCAGCAGAACCAACAACAGAAUCAGCAGCAAACACAGCAAAACAAUCAAUCCUAUCAACAACAGAACUAUCAACAGAAUUACCAACAACAACAGCAACAAAGACAACAACAAAUGAAUCAAUUUCCUCAAUAUCAACAACAACAACAGUUAAAAAUGCAAAGACAGCAACAACAAAGACAACAAACAUAUCAACAACAAAAUUACCAACAGAAUUAUCAACAACAACAGAACUAUCAACAGAAUUCUCAAUCUUUUCAACAAAAUUAUCAAAAUACUCAACAACAACAAAACAAUCAACAGAACACACAACAGAACCAACAACUACAACAGAUGUUGAAUAUGUUGAAUAAACUCAAUUCAGGAAAGAUGUCAUCUCAAUCAUCACAACAAAUGACUCCUUCUGCAAUGACACCUCAACAAAUAACUCCAAACCAAAUGAUGCAAUCUCCAAUGCCUGGCUCAAAUUCAAUGAACGGAACUCCUAUGUCUAACACUCCAAUGCAAUCUCCAAUGCCUCCUUCCAAUCCUCAACAGCUCCAACCUACAAACCCUCCAAUGCCAAUGCCAAUGUCUAAUUCAAUGGGUGCAAAGCAAAAUCAAAUGCAAAACACUUUACAAAAUACGUUACAAAAUCAGUAUCAGAACCAAUAUCAAAAUCAGUUGCAAAAUCAAAUACAAAACCAGAUGCAGAACCAAAUGAAUAUGAGACAGAUGCAGCCAUCAAUGUCACAACAAUUACAGCAAACUCAACAACAACAAAAUAUUCAAAACAUUCAAAAUAUUCCUCAAAAUGUUCAGAAUGUUCAACAAAAUUCACAGCAACAGAAUAUUGAGAGGGUUUCAAUGGUCACUUCACCUUUAGCUGUAAAUUUGAUUAUUUCCAAAGCAAUUAAAGAUUUACCAGUGAUAUUGAAGUAUGGAUGCAGUGAGAACACAUUGUACAAUGUACAAGUAUUAGUAAAGAAACUAAUAGAAUGUGGAAAAACAGAUCAACAGUAUCAUUUGAGUUUAUUUAGACCAAGUUUGUUUUUGGCUGCAGUGCAAAUUCUGUUUCCUAUUGAACAACUCCAAGUUGUAGAGAAUUCCAAGCGAUUGUUAGCGAUGAUCAAUGACAACAUCAAUUUCGUCAUCAGACAGCCAUUGAUGUUCACUCAUUCAUUGUUUAUUUCUCGAUUUGUGAAAUUCACAAAAUAUUUCACACCGAAAGGAAUGAUGAUAAUGGAAUCCAUCAACAAUGCUCCUGCAACAAACAUUGUUUCAAGAGUGUUCCAGGCGUGGCUUCGCUACGAAACAUUCUUACAAUGUCCACCAGAACAACCACUUUAUUUCACAGGAAAUUUCGUGACAAUUGUUCCUUCAGAGAGUUUGUUGAAUGACAAUUUGAUAAGGUAUUACAAUGCCAUGCUACAUAACAUAAAGAAUAUAACUGUUCCUGAUUUCACGUCAUGUAUGAUUGAGUCUGUUUCUCAUGACAUUCACGCAGUAGCAAUCAUGAAAAAUGUCUUACAACCAAACACAAUUUUGAAUUUCUCAAGAUUGCUGAGUAUCGCGAAAACAAUGAAAGCGAAAGAUGAAAAUGACACGACAUAUCAAGAUUCGAUGACCGAAGUCUUUAACUAUUUAGUCUGGAAGAUUCCUGCUGUCACUGUUUCAUCGAAAAUCACAAUGAGAGUUGCUGGAACAACACCAAGUGUUUUCAAUCCGAAAAAUUUGAAUUUUACAAAGGCAAUAUUACGUUAUUCUUACAUCAAUUCAUUGAGCGUUGGCAUGAAAGUUAGUGAUCUUUAUACAUAUUAUUUACCGAGUAUUUUCGAGUCAAUUGUUAAUACUCCAAACCAUUUCGCUCAUUCCAGAAUUUUUGAUGUAAUUUUGUACAUGAUUUUGAAGAAAGACACAAAAAUAUUGACAUUUGACCAAUUCCCGGCAUCACUUGAGAAGAUCAAAAACUCGGUUACAUUGCAAUCAGUUAACAGUAGAUACAUCAAUGAAAUAAAGAAGCAUUUGACAGAGAAAUUGCCGAAAGAAAUAACUCCUGUCCAAUACACAUUUUACCUACAAUUAGUUGCAAGUAUUUCUCAACUAAUUUCCCAGAAAGAUCCAAUUUAUCCUGUUGCUCUUUCUUUCAGGUAUUUGAUGUCUGUUCCUCCACCAAAAGAAUUUGUUUCUUUGUAUCAAAGAGCCCUCAAAGACAUAAUUAAAUACGGAUCUCAUCCAAUGGCUGAAUACGCAAUUUCCGAGAUUUACAGUGCCAUGAAAAUCACUGUUAACUCUCCUUUCUCGCCUCCUCUAAAAUCUCCUUUUGGAACUGUUGUUCAAUGGAUUUCGGAAUUUGCAAAUUCACCUCACUUUUGGAUAAUGUUGUUUUUGUUUGAUGCUGUUUUCCCACAGACAGAAACACAACUGUUAGCUGAGAUAACGAAGCUGAAAUAUCCAAUUCAUCCUUAUGUAAUUAAUGAGUUCAACAAAGUGUUGAAAGAGAAAUAUCCUGAUGCAUUCCAACAAUGCAACAAAUCGAGUAAAAACAGGAUAUUAGUUGUAUCUCAAGAACGAGACAUUGUUGAAGCAUGUUGGCAAAAUGAUUGGGCAUCACAACAUCAAGACAUGCACAUACAAAUCUUCAGUAGAAUGUUCCUUCCUGCGAGUAUUUCAAUGGUAUCAUUAUUCCUUGAUUUACCAAAUUUGCAAGGUUUGUUGAUAACUGCUUUGCAUUCAGUAAUAAUGAAUCAAAAGUUCAUUACUUUCAUGAAGUAUUACAUCAGGUUAUUCCCCAAUUCCUCCUUGAGUUCUGUCUUCAACAUCACUCCUCCUUUCCGUCACAACAGGCCUCUUCCGAACCAAACAACAUUUUCUAACAUGUUCUUCUUAGAACAAUUGAAUUUAACUGAUGACGCUUUGGGAAUGGCAAGAAGUGAAUUACCUGUUUUGAGGACAGCUUAUUCUUAUUCACAGUUAUGUCAAUACGAAGCUGCUUUUGCUAGUUUCAUUGAUACAACUGAUAAACACAAUGAAUGUUAUUCACAAGCGAUAAUUCAAAUGAGAUCUGCCUCAAUUAACUUGAGUUUUCCAUGGGCGAAUGAUAUAAUUGUUCAGAAGAAUGAUAUGAGUCAUUACAUUUAUCUUCCUUUCUGGACGUAUUUCAGCCAAAACUCUGAUAUCCACAGAAGAAAUGACUCAACAAACACUUCCUAUUUCAGCUCUUCUUUCAUUACAACAAUGAGUCGAUCUGUAAUUGCGGAAGAAGCAAUUGGUGCUUGUAAAAUGAUGUCUCAAGCAAUCUCACAAACACAUGAACCUCGUUCUGUUGACGACAUCAGGUUUUGGACAAAUAUAUGGUUGCCAAGCCUCGAUAGAUUAUGUACAACAGCAUCGAGUUUGGGCUGGAGAAUCAUUGUUUUACAAAACACUUUGAAAGAAUUGCAUAGAAAUGACAUUUAUAAUGACUUACUGACAAACUAUUUUUCUUUUGCACAAUUACUUUCGAAUGUCGGUGCAAUCAAGAGGUCAUUUGAUGUCCGUCUCAAAGCAAUGUCUCAUGCUGACGACAAAUACACGAAUUACCCUGAAACAGCGUAUCCAAGACUUGCAAAUUACAUAACAAGAGCUUGGCAACUGAAAAUCCCUUGUUUCAAACAAAUCGUGUCUUACUACGUCGGAAUGAGAGAUGUACAUGGUGCAUUUAGCUUCUUGAAGAACUUCAAUCCUCAAGAACAAUACCAUGUACACGUGAAACUGUUAGUCUACAUCGCUACAAAGUUACCACAACUUCUUGAUUUGAACAGUUUGUCAACCAAACUCAGUGAAAUGUUUUCAAUGAUAGGACGUGAAGAUUUCACACCUUUAGCGAGUGUUUUGAUCUCAUCAAUAAGAAGAGAAAGAUCUCGCUCUGCUCAACUAUUAAAUUCGAUUGUUUCCAGCCAAAUAAAAGUCCAUCCAUUGUGGAUCAGUUGGUUACCAAUUAUUUAUGAGAUUUGCGACGAUUUCCCACAAAUGUUCUUCAAAAUUGUCGCAGAGAGUUAUCCAAUCCACUUCAUGAUUGUUUACUUGCACAUGUAUUUCAAGACCCAGAAACAGCUGAAAACAGUCCAAUUCGCAGCCGAAGAACUCAAAAAGUUAAAGCAUAAUAAACCUGCUCAAGAGAUCUCUAUCUUGUUCGCUUUCAUCAAAGACAGUGAAGAACAGAUGCAGAAGAUGAGGAAAUCAAUUUUGGCACAUAAAACAUUGUACAAUGCGCUUGUUAAACCAUCAAUUCCUAUUGACCAAAACGUGUUGAAUGAGUUGAAUUUGAAAGAUAUCUUUGAAUUGAUUUCAUUUUGCCAAGCGAAUCCACCUUAUUACGUCACAAACCACAGGGCAAAAGUCAUCACAAAUGGUUGUAAAAUUCCUGUAGGAGACACAAUACAAUCGGUUUUCGCAAUAGAAGUCGUAGGAGACCAAAAACAAGAUGCACAAGCGAAAUUUACAUUGGAAAACGGCGAAAUAACAACUGUUUCCAUUGUUCCACAGGAAAGAUUCAAUUUCGAUUCCAGAGAAGAUGUUUUAGUCCGUUUCAUGUCUAUAACAAUGGCCAACCAUCCUUCUUUGAGCAUGAGAACUCCAUUCCUGUUUUAUCCGCCCGCUUAUUGCGUUUCUCCCGGAAUAUCAAUUGUUUUCACGCCUCAACUGCAGUGGAUGCAUGGAUUGGCCGGAAAUUAUCAAGUUAUUUACGCAAUGGCAGAGUCAGUGACGAACGCGAUGCAGCAAAUAAUGUUCCCUCCUGAUGAAGUAUCUCCUUUUAUCACGAAACUCCGGAAAGACCUUCAUUUGUCUCCUGAUUCCGCUUUCAAAUGGUUGGUUGAAGGAUCAGAUGGUUCUCUUGCAAAUUUCGUUUAUUCGAGGUCUUCCAUUUCAUCACAACUCGGUGCGAUGUUUGCUUUGAGAACUGUUUGUCAUGCUCCUGCUCCUGAAUUCCCAACAGUUGCUUUGUUCUCUGACAGAACAAGAGUUGCAAUGACUGAUUGGCUCCCAGAUCCAAAUGUUGGAUACGCUUUCACUCCUGUUUUGUUGUCUCCUCAGUUACAGGGAUUGCUUCCUUCUUUCUCUCUGCAGGGAUCGUUCACAACAGCAUGGUUAGCAACUAUGCAGUGUUUGCAGGAAAACAGAGAUGAGUUGGAAUUGCUUUUGAAGGCUUUGGGAAUCAACAACCCAAGAUUUAUCAUGUUUUCUGUAGAAAGUGCAAGCCCAGUCAUGACUGAGGAUACAGACAAAUACGACAAUCCAUUCCCAUUCGAGUUAAUCAACCAUAUCAUCUCAACUUCAAAGAACUCUUUCGCAAUGGUUGAUGAAGGUUUCUCUUGGAUCUAA